GCGAGUUGGGGUGUAUGCUGCCUGCGCGCCUUGGCCAAUGGAACCAGAUCCUCCCUGCAGUGCGUAAGAGCGCAAUUUAGGAUUUAACCAGGUCUUUGCUGUGGGGCUGGCAGCAGUUCGAGAGAGCCCGUCGGCGAAAGCACACAUCACACAAUGCAAGUGUAGUCUUCACUCAGUCUUCAGACGUCUCAGUGGAAACAGACUUCCCUUUAACGUUGCUGCUUCGAACUAUGACUGGAGUAUUCGACCGAAGGAUUCCGAGUAUCAAACCUGCCGACUUCCAGAACCCUUUUCAGCUUUCCACCACCAUGCAUCACCCGUCUCAGGAAUCUCCUACGCUACCCGAGUCUACGGCCACGGAUUCUGGCUACUACAGCCCUGCUGGAGCAGUGCACCAUGGCUAUUGUUCGCCUAACUCCACCUCGUAUGGGAAACCGCUCAAUGCCUAUCAAUACCAGUACCACGGCGUAAACGGAUCUGCGGGAAAUUACCCUGCAAAAACAUACCCAGACUACAGCGCAUACACAGCCUCUGCUUACCACCAAUAUGCUGGAACUUAUAGCAGAGUACAACCACAACCAUUAAGUCCACAAGAAAAAGAGGUAGCAGAACCUGAAGUGAGGAUGGUAAACGGAAAGCCCAAGAAAAUCAGAAAACCAAGAACAAUCUACUCCAGUUUUCAGCUCGCCGCCCUGCAGCGGAGAUUUCAGAAUACACAGUACCUCGCGCUGCCGGAGAGAGCAGAGCUCGCGGCUUCGUUGGGACUCACGCAAACGCAGGUCAAAAUAUGGUUCCAGAACAAAAGGUCGAAACUGAAGAAAAUCAUGAAGAACGGCGAACUCCCACCGGAACACAGCCCGAGCUCCAGCGAUCCCAUGGCUUGCAACUCUCCUCAUUCACCCGCCGUCUGGGACACGCAGGGCCCGUCCAGGCCUCACAGCCACCAGGCACAGAACAACAACUCGGCGGCAUCCACCUUUUUGGAAAACUCCGCCUCUUGGUACUCCGCGGCUGGUGCCAUGAAUUCUCACCUCCAGGCCCCCAACUCGAUACAGCACUCUUUGGUUCUCGGAUCGGGGACGUUAUACUGAAACCCAGUUCAACAAAUAUUUCAUUGUAUGGGACUCGUGUUUAAAAGAUUCAGAGGAAUAUGCAAUGUAUUGAUGACAGUCAUAGAAGAACGUGUAUAAUGUGUAAAUGUGUGCAUGUAAUUUAUUGCAUUUUGGAAGACUAAUUAAACGUUUUAAAUGG